AUGUCCAAAUCCAAAUCCAAACCCCUCAAAAUGCUCCCCGAGGAGCGCGACCUCCCCGGGGGCGCCGCCGACGACGACAACACACCGCACGAACCCGAACCCGAACCCGAACCCGAACCCCCACUCACGGCCGACGAAGCCGCCCUGCGCGCAUUCCUGCCGGCCUCCUUCGGGAAGCAGACCGCAAAACCCAACGUCGAGGCGCAAUUCGCGCAGACGCGCCGGCGCCCCCUCGACGCGCCCGACUCGCCGCCGCGCAAGGGCAAGGGCAAGGGGAAGCAGGUUGUUGUUGCGCAGCGCCGCGUCGACGACUCUGACGACGAGGCGGAGGUUUCGCGGCGGAAUGCGAGUGGUGGUGGUGGUGGUGGUGGUGGUGCUAUGGCUAUGGACGAGGACGAGGAUGAUGAUGAUGGUGAUGAUGAGGAUAGUGACAGCGACGACGACGACGACGAAGACGAGUACCCAAUCUCGCACGAGAUCGUGCUCAAAGACCACACCAAGCCCGUGUCCGCCAUCAGCCUGGACCCCUCGGGCACGCGCAUCGCCACGGGCAGCCAUGACUACCUCGUCAAGCUGUGGGACUUCCCCUCCAUGAGCCGCGACCACCUGCACGCCUUCAAGUCGCUCGAGCCCUCCGAGUCGCACCACGUGCACGCCGCGCUCUUCUCGCACGCCGACUCCGGGCAGAGCAUCCUCGUCGUGCCCGCGGCCCCGCAGGCCAAGAUCCUCUCGCGCCACGGCGACACGCUCGUCGAGUUUGUCAAGGGCGACAUGUAUCUGCGCGACAUGCACAACACGAAGGGGCACGUGUCGGAGCUGACGGCGGGCGCGUGGCACCCGACGGAGCGCGGGGUGGUGGCGACGGCGGGGACGGACUCGACGGUGCGCAUCUGGGAUGUGGCCAGGAAGCGGCAGCAUCGGGAUAUCAUGGUGCACAAGAGCCGCACGGGCAAGGGCGGGCGGAGCAGGAUGUGCUGUCUGGCGUGGGCGGGGGGCAGCACGGGCGGGCUGAACCUGAUUGCGACGGUGGCGCUGGAUGGCGUGCUGGCGCUGUAUGCGGGCGAUGGGCCGUAUAGCCGGCCGGCGAUGGAGGUGCGCGAUGCGCAUAGGAGGGAGACGUGGACGGGCGGCAUUGCCUUCUCGCAUGAUGGGCGCAUGCUGGUGACGCGGGGGCAGGACGGGGACAUAAAGCUCUGGGACACCCGCAAGCUCAAAACACCCAUCACAACGCGCACCGACUUUCCCACCCCCCUGCACCCGGAAGCCAACAUCGUCUUCUCCCCCAACAGCACCACCCUCAUCACCGGCGACACCACGGGCACCCUCCACAUCCUCUCCGCCGCCACCCUCCGCACCGAGCACGCCCUCCCCGUGACCCCCGGCUCCCCGCUCAUCGCCGCAACCUGGCACCCGCGCAUCAACCACAUCCUCACGGGCUCCGCCAACGGCGAGAUCCACGCCCUCUACUCGCCCACCCUCUCGUCCAAGGGCGCGCUCCUCGUCGUCGCAAAGGCCCCGCGAAAGCGCCACAUCGACGACACGACCGAGACGGCCGCCGUGUCUGGCGACGCGGUCAUCCUGCCGAACGCCAUCCUGGGCACGGGCGGCGGCGCGGGGCGGAGGGGCGGCGGUGGCGGUGGUGCGGGCGGGGAGAAGGAUCCGCGGAGGCCGGGCAGGCCCGCGGUCACGCCGUGGGGGAAGAGUCAGCCGGAUCAGGGGCACAUUGAGAGUAGUAUUCCGCUGGCGAGUAUGAGGGAUGAGGAUCCGAGGGCGGCGCUGCUGAAGUAUGCGGAGGUGGCGGAGCGGGAGCCGAUGUUUACGGCGGCGUGGAGGGAGACGCAGCCGGUGACGGUGUAUGCGGAGGUUGAGGAGGAGGAGGAGGAGGAGGUGAAGGGGGGGGAGAGGGGGAAGAGGAGGAGGAGGGGGUAG